AUGGAUCUUCUCGAUGAAGGUGUGCGUAGGGCUGAAAAUAAACUGAAAGAGAAAGGACGAGAUAAGGUUCUUACUGCUGAAGAAAUGGAUCAGGCCAUGAAGGCUGUGGCUUACAGCUGUAUUAAAUAUGCAGAUCUGUCAAAAAACCGUUGCCAUGAUUACAUCUUCUCUUUUGACCGGAUGUUAGACGACCGUGGUAACACAGCUGCUUACCUUCUUUAUGCCUACACCAGAAUCAGGUCCAUUGCUCGUCUUGCAAAUGUCUCUGAGGAGAAGCUGAAAGCCGCUGCACACACCAUGAAAAUUGUCCUGGACCAUGAGAAGGAGUGGAAACUGGCUAAAUGCAUCAUACGUUUCCCGGAUGUGAUUGAAAAAAUUCUAGAUGAUCUUCUCUUACAUUCCCUCUGUGAUUACAUUUAUGAACUGGCCACUGUCUUCACAGAAUUCUAUGACCAAUGCUACUGUGUGGAAAAAGAUCGUCAGACUGGUGAAAUUAUCAACAUCAACAUGAGCCGUUUGUUGCUGUGUGAAGCAACAGCUAGUGUCAUUCGAACUGGGUUUCACAUCUUGGGAAUCCAACCAGUGCAGAAGAUGUAA